GAACCAACCCAACAAAUAAAGAUUGAGAAGAGGAAAAUACAAAAUGGGUGUAGCCAAGCAGGAGCAGCAACAGCAGCAGCUAGAGAAGCGAAACGAGGAGCUGGAAAGAGCUUUAAAGGAAAGCAAGGAGAGGGAAGAUCAGAUGAGAGAAGACCUACGGAGGGCUUGGGAGAGGCUGAGAGUGGCGGAGGAAGCGGAGGAAAGGCUCUGCUUACAGCUGGGUGAGCUUGAGGCUGAGGGCGUCAAUCAAGCGCGUGCAUACAACGCACGAAUCCUCUCUCUCAUGGAUCAGCUCUCUCAGGCUCUCAAUCUUCUCCAUAAACAAUAGUAUAGUGAAUUCCAGAUUUUAUGGAUGUUGUUAAAGAUAGGUUGUGGGUGAAUAUUGCAUAUUAUGUUUAUAAUUUGGGAUCUCUGCGCGUGUUGACUUUGAUCUGUUUAUUCAGAGAUCAAUUUUUGUAGAUUUCAAAGGGCUGAGAUGUCCCUCUGGAUUGUUUUGAAUGUCUUCCCGAUUCUUUAAUGGAAGCAUGCUUAUUCAGAUUUA